UGAUUUCUUCCCCUUGGGUAACGAAAAUCUCGAACGCUCACUCACAUUCACCUUCGCAAUGGUUCUCAUUUUCACCGCUGAGUUACCCUUUGUUUCGAUUUUCCACUUAUCCGAGGGUGAUCUACUGAAGCUGGUGUGGUGUAAAGAGAAACAGAGAAAGAGAGUGAGAGUUGCAAACAGAUGAAGUAUAGUUCUCCUCACUGUAGGCAGCGCCCUCUGCACGUAACGAAAUGAAGUAACAGACGAGAAUGCUUCAUGUGAAGGAAAAUUCGCGACAUAUUUUCUUUUUUUAAUUUGUUUCCCUUUCAUGUUGCAUCCCUUACGCCAUACACUCAUUGCGUCACUCACCACGUGGCACUCGUGGCUGAUGGAGAGAGAAUAGGGGCGGUUUGAGUGUGUUCUCGUCUCGAUCGAGCACCGCGGCACGGAGCACUCUUUUGCGAUCUCGUCAUUUUUUGCAGUUACUUGCCAGCGCAUUCGACCGUUACCCUCAGUGCGUUGCGGAUUUUCACCGGAAAAACAUCCACCAACUUGGUGCUUGGCUCACGCGUACAUCAAGCUAAACCCCCGCCCGCCCUCAACUUGGAUGGGUACCCGUGAAGGAUCGUGAAGUGUGGUUCAACUUGAAGUUAGACAUUUUGUCACAACACUUCACCCAAAACUCCCGUCAGUGUUUUGCUGUUUUUGCGUGCAGCAAACAAAAACGCCACAAACGGUAGCGAGAAGUUGGCAAGCAAGAAAACCGACUCAAAAUUGAAAAGCCGCAAACCGUAGUUGGAAUCGAAGUUUUCCUUUGCUUUUUGCAAAACCAAAAUAGGAAAAAAGAAGAAAAACACAACCUCUCCGUCUGAUGUGAAUUUUCGGCAGUUACCGGGAGUGUGUGACUAGUGGUGACGAUCUGCGUGCGUGUGUUUGUGUACAUGUGUUUGUAAGGGUACGUGUGCUCGGUGCAUAUGUGGUGGUUCGAAGCAUCCGUUUCGGUCGUGUAUUCUGGAUGGCCCAAUGCUGUGUGUGUGUGUGCAGGUAUGCGUGCGUGUGUGUAUCUCCCUUUUCGGUAGGGGUAAUUGUUGUGUAAGGCUUCGGUUGUAGUGAAUUUUUCGCCGAUUUGCUCAGCAUCGGAAGCCGAAAAAGUUCGCACCAUUUCGCAAGCGUACGAGACAUCGAGAUCCUUUGCGGAAAGAACGGUUCGUAUGAUAGUAUCGCAUUGAAAUAUUUGCUAUUUUGUUACUGCCUUUCUACUACACGAUCAAAAACAAAAAAUUGGAAAAAAUGGCCCAACCGUCUAAACGAUCGCGUGUGUAAGCGAACGAAAGAGUAAGCGAGAGAGAGAGCGAGUUAGUGUAAAGUGGUGAAUAAAAGAUUCUAAGUAAAACGCACUUAGAACGGAAACGAGCCGAAACAUCCGGUAGAAAUCGAUACGCUACGCAAAGCUCGGUUAGAGUAAGCGUGAAGGCAAAGGCACUUGCCGCUCACGAAAAUUUUUGGAAAGUUUUCCCAACAUCAGCAUCAGGGCGCACCGCGUACCGUAAGUGUGUGAACUUCAUUAAGAGUGUAUGUGUGUGUGACAGAGCGAGAGCGAAGAAGAAAAAGCUGUGAGAGAAAACGAGCAAGGCAACAGAAUUCAACUAGGAUUGCAGUUUUCCCGUUUUUGCCGAUGUGCAGCUAGUGAAAGAAUAGUUUUCGGGAAUCGAGUCCUUGCUUCCUUGUGUCUGAUUUUUUUGUUGUAUUGCUUUUGGGUGUUUGUGUUUUUGGUUUCGUGAUUGUGGACAGUGUUAGUGGUUAGUGCACUUCAACGUUUGUGCUGCGUGCAAGAUCCGUUUCCGGGCCAUUUAUGUGUAUGUGUGUGUUUCGGUGUGUUGGCAUGCUAGAGGUUGACCAUUUGUGAGUUUGAAACGAAGUGUGUUGGUAGCCCACUUUUGGAAGUAGACACAGCUGUACGGCUAACGAACUGUGGCGCUUUGACGAACGACCGAAAAGGGGACCAAGAGUAAAGUCCAAUCGAAUGCAGAACUCAUAUAUGCACGGAGCAGUUGCAAGCGCGUUGUUUCGGUUUCAUUAACCGUAUGCAAAAGAUGUCAUAAUAUGGGUUACUCGUGCGAAAGUGCGCAUCUACAGUAUCGACCAGUACGAUCGGACCGCAACCAGCGAAGUUGGUCAACCGAACCACUGCAGCUGGACACCCCCAGAACAACCGGUGACAUCCGUCAACCACAAACCACGACCGCAACUAACCGCAGCAACCGCACACCACCAACCCAACCGCCCGACAUCGCAUCGACGCUUUCGCCACUGCGAAGCACCAGUGUGGCCGAAGGGUUGUGCAGCGAAACCGAACCGGCCCGGAAGGAAAGGAUCGUCCUGGCCGCGCUUAAGAAACGGCGAAGAAGUCUCUCCCCCACCGAGCCCACCACCCACGCCACCAUUCCCCGGUGGCACGCUUCCUUCAACCUGCUUCGCCCGUCGGCCGUAUUUGACGGUUACUCGACGAUCGUGCUCGAAAAGCUGUCCCGCUUUAUCAGCCGUCAUGUUGCAGUGACCGGACAGGCAGUCGCAUCACAUCAGCAUGCUACCAUCCACCAGCAUGUGGCCCCAGGUUCGGUCUCGUCCACUAGCGCUACGAGUCGCUCACCAAUGACGCGCAUCACACCGUCCACCAGCUCCAGUCCGGGCAGCCAGCAGGCGAGGCACGCGGAUGGCGAGUCCUGCCGCAGCGAGGCGCAAACGGAAGCGCAACGUGCGGAACCAACGCAAUUCCAGGCCCGCACCGUGCAUCGGGACGUAGCGGCGGUCACUAGCAGGCCCGCCACUAGCCACCAUCUUGUAAGACAUUCACUUUGUUUAUACGCAGCCUCUAGUGUACUACUAGCGUUAUGUUAUCUAACGAUACCAACAGUUGCCUCAGACACAGCGCACCCCAUCAGAAGAGGAAGAGUUCGAUUCGCCGAAGGGAAGUCGGAUAAGGAAAUUUUAGAUCAUCUGUUAAAAAACUCUCGCUACGAUAAGCGUUUGCUACCACCAGUGGACGAUGCGGAUUUUUGCUGUGGCAUGCACACGCCGGAAAUGGCUAAACACAUACCGGAUAUGCGUGUUCCAGGACGACCCCAGAAUCGUGGUACAUUGACUGUGAACGUUAGCGUUUUACUAUUAAGCUUAGCGUCACCCGACGAAUCUAGUUUGAAAUAUGAGGUGGAAUUUUUACUGCAGCAGCAGUGGUUCGAUCCGCGGCUCCGAUACGCAAACCAGUCGCAGUACGAGUAUCUGAAUGCGAUACACCACCACGAAGAUAUUUGGUUACCGGAUACGUACUUCAUCAUGCACGGCGACUUUAAGGAUCCGAUCAUACCGAUGCAUUUUGCGCUUCGGAUAUACCGCAAUGGAACGAUUAAUUAUCUAAUGAGGAGGCAUCUCAUACUGUCCUGCCAAGGACGGUUAAACAUAUUUCCCUUCGACGAUCCACUGUGUUCUUUUGCUUUAGAAAGCAUAUCGUACGAACAAUCGGCAAUAACGUACGUCUGGAAAAAUGACGAGGACACUCUCCGGAAGAGUCCUUCGCUGACGACCUUAAACGCGUACUUGAUACAGAACCAAACAAUUGCCUGCCCCAUCAAAGCGAGCUGGAGAGCCGAAGGACAAACGUUGUCGGUAGAAGACGAAGAGUUUCUUUGUAAUUUAUGUCAGAGACGAUUUGAGGAGCAAGGAAAUUACAGUUGUCUGAAGGUGGAUUUAAUAUUUACAAGAGAUCGAGCAUUCUAUUUCACCACCGUCUUUAUACCGGGCAUCAUACUGGUGACGUCAUCGUUCAUCACCUUCUGGCUAGAAUGGAACGCCGUACCGGCCCGUUCGAUGAUAGGUGUAACGACCAUGUUGAAUUUUUUCACCACCUCAAACGGUUUCCGCAGUACACUUCCGGUCGUGUCGAACCUGACGGCGAUGAACGUGUGGGACGGCGUGUGCAUGUGCUUCAUCUACGCCUCGCUGCUGGAGUUCGUCUGCGUCAACUAUGUCGGCCGGAAGCGACCGUUGCACAACGUUGUAUAUAGACCUGGAGAGAAUCCAGUUACUCAGCGUCUUCCAGCUGUCCUAAGCAGGAUCGGAAUAAUUCUCGCUAGUCCCCUGGAAACAAUUGACCGCGAGUUUCACACCGCCAUUGCCGCGGAGAAGACAACUCCGGCCACUGGCACGGUCUCUACUGCUGCCGCCGCUACUGUCGCUGCCGCCGCCACCACAACCACGCGCAUCGCGCAAACGCAACCGCAACGCAAUGUACAGCUAGCUCCAGCAGCUACCGCAGCAACCCCGAUCGCCACCACAGCCGGAGUCGCUACGUGUGCCGUCGGUCAGCGACCGGCGCAAGCCACUGUGGUACUGUGCGAGGAAGGCCUGUCCACCGAUACGUCCACCGAGCCCGGUCUAACCCACCGUCGUCCCACGAUCGAGACGAAGCUUAACGAGGCCGGGCUCAUGGAAACGAGCUUUGGUGUCAAGAAGCGGGAAUCCGGUGGACCGAACGAGAUCGUCGCGUGUACCAGUUGUGCGGGCGGCACAAGCCCCUGCACACACUCGGCGAACAAUGGCUGUGCAACUGAGACGUGCUUCGUGCAAGUGCGCAAAAAGGAACCGCCGCAUCCGAUACGCGUCGCGAAAACGAUCGACGUGAUCGCGCGCAUUACCUUCCCGUCGGCGUACGCCGUGUUUUUGAUAUUUUUCUUCAUCCACUACAAAGGAUUCUCCUAGAAUACGAUCCAGAAGUCACUCAUCCACAAGAUCUACACCAACAACCUGCUGUAACGGAGGGUGUCCUGGCGACGGUGCGGCCUUUUAUCUACGCGUUUGUUGGUCACGGAGAGUAUGUGCGAUGGUGAGAAAGGAUCACCACACGGUCCGACAUAUGAAUCAUAUAUCACACACACAUACACCCACACAUCACUCAUCCGGGUGCUCUCUCUCCGCUUCGUUUGCAACCAUACAACUAUCAGCUUAGAGCCGCUGGAGGGAGGGUACAACACUAUGCUAACCGAUACCGAUGUUCCUAAACAAAGCCUCGGAUGCCUCGGAACUCACCAACUGUUACAAAGCUGUUUGCAUUCAACCAUUGUCGCCCCUGUUUUGUAUCACCUGCUGAAGCUUUCAGGGACAAAGUCCCGUCCCUUGCGCCCGGUACGGCCGAACGAUCGAUCGGUUAGCUUCAAAAGCAUCCUGGGUUCGGGUCCGGUUCGGUGUACCAUCUCAAAAACAAAACAAAAAAAAACAUCCAAACCACCAUCACCGCACGAUUAGUAAUCAAACGAUGGCUAAAUCAAACCAACAGAUACUGCCUUUUUUCAUAACGAAUAUGCACCGGGGGUGGCGUACCAGGGAGCCGGGAAGCCGAUUCGAUUCGAUUGAUUUGUGAUACGCGAACCAAAAUCGGGGGGGACGAACUCAAUUAGACCGCAAAAUGGUGAACCGCCGAAAUGCAGCCCGCAAAACGUACAACUCAGCAUAAAGCCAAGCCAUCGCGCAUCAUUAUUGCAGGCAAACUGUUUCAAUUCGACAAAUGUAGAAGAACCAAAAUAAUCAAAACCGAUCCCACGGUUCGGUUUUUGUAGGUAACAGCUACCGCUAGGCAUGGGAACCGAUAGCUAAAUGAUCCAGUGACGUAUAAUAGACGAAACUAUGAUUGCCUGUAAAUCGAUACACAUUUUUUUGCAUAAAGUAAAAAUCGAAUAGAGUCCGUUUAAUCUUACACAAGCACAAAUACGAUACUGAGCGGUUGGAAAGGAUAAGAGCAAACAAAAAAACAUCUGAACUAAAACGAAAAUAGCUCAGCUAGUGAAGUAGACUUUACCAACCAUCAAAUUACAUCCCUGUCAGUAAUGAGAGAAAAAAAGUAAACAAUUACGCAAAAGCGUAUUCAUGCUGCGCUUCCCGGCAUCCGGCAAACAAGCAACACACAAAAAACUAGAUAAAAUUAUGCUGUUAUUCUUUGCAAACAAAAAGUGCAAAGAUGUAAAUUGCCAAUAGCAAUAUGAACGUGAAACACAACAACACUAGACACAGAACAAAACCAUCCUCACACAUACACAAUCACACUAAUAUGUAAGGGUAAUUUGAAUAUUCACAAGCGAAAUAGUUCAUUCAAAAUGUAUGCUUAGAAGAAGCAUACAGGUACGAAACCUUAGGUUAGCUAAAAGAUGUCCUCAAACUUAUGCCCAGGAGGACUUAGACAUUAAAUCAAUCACAAUUUGUUAGUACGUUCAAUUAAGGAAAAGGUAAUUUAUCGAACCAAGAACUAUGCAGCAAUGCACCAUACACGAGUAAUGUACCAAAGUUCCUUGCUAAAAGCUUACGACCAACCACCAAACAGACACAAUCUACUAUUUCUCUCAGUUUCAAUGCAGCUUGUUAGUAAUAUGAUUCGGUUUCGAUCGUAGUAGAAACUUAAGAACGAUCACAGUUGAAGUUACACUAUGAGGCGGUAGUUCGGUUCUAACCAUGUGACCAGAAUGUUUGAGUGUUAUAAAAAGCCUUGUGUGCUUGUAGGCAAAUUCUCUGUGAUCUCGUUGAACCACUUGCGAGAAGUGGAUAGUGAAGAAGGGUGCGAUACAGAGUAACUGAAGAAGGAACACUAAUUUCCAUGGAAUGUGACAUUUUAUUUAACUUUUUUAUUCUCACACAAGACCAACCAACUAAACAUAAAAUCACUUACCUUAUGGAGAAGAAAAACACUUGUGCUCGAAGAGAGGAUUGCUUUUUCUAGACCUUUUUUUUCUUCUACAGCUUAAGAGGUACUACAUAUAACAAAAAAACCCCCCGAAUUGUCUACCGCAACUUUCAAGAAAAUUUGCUGUGCUUAGUAGCGUUCAACGAACUCGCACAAUGAUUGAAACCACGUGGUUUACAAUUUGCCUUCGAUAAUGUUUGACAUUCGGACCAACUUAGUUUAAGAACGCUUCUUCCAUCACGCAAGAUGCAUAGGCCACCCUGUCGGUUAGCACCAUUAGAUAGCACCUUUUUGGUUUUCCGAUUUUACACUAAAUCAUCGCACUGCAAAAUGUUCACUUUUUGCCUUAAAAUUGUAGCGCCAUUUUUCCGUACCAUGUGUCUUGGUUGAGCGAUAAAAACACAUUCAAUUUUGCUUCAUUUCGCUAUUCGUCUCUCGAGAUGGUAGUGUUUUGGAUGUUACUAAUAGCUAGAAGAAAAUGAAAACGUUCAUAGUGAGAAACCUUUUUUUCCUCAUCCUCGGUUUCGAUUUGUGCGGCAAGGAGCAAACAAAUAAAUGCUUUUUUGGGCAUUUGGGUUUCCUUUUCCUUUGCCUACGAUUUGCUACCUACUUUGCCGGUUUGAAUUUUACUCACCCUAAUGGUUAUGUACGGAAACGUGGAACAAACAUCGAUCGGAAAGUCUGAUAUGUGUAGCAAAUGGCACGCUUGCAUGAAAAAUCACAAGCAAAAGGGAAGAAAAACUGCACGAGUAAAAAGGAAGAAAGAUCGCUCAAUCCUAACCAUAACUCUUUUUUCACUAUGUAACAUGUCAACAUAGCAAAAACAAAUCAAACGAACAACAAAUCGCAUUCCGAUUGAAGAAAAGAGAUAAAAAAUACCACAAACUUAGAACCGAAGAAGGAAUGUAAGCAAAAAGCUAACAUCAGUGCAUAAAACAUAGAAAUCGAUGAACAAAGUGGAAAACAAAACGAGAAGUAAUCAAUAUGAAUGUAAAACACUAACUAAAACGCUGAAACCAAGUGCUUAAUUUGCAUCAUUUAACAUAUCAAAACGUAGUGAAAGCGGAACAACAUAAUGCUAGUGAAAAGGGAAGAUGGAGAAGAUGAAAAAUGGUAAAACAAAAUUGUUUCAAAAACAUCACCAAACCUGGAAGAGGAUAUUUGAAAUUAGAUAACCAAACGAAAACAAGCAAACAAGUAAGACAAAACGGGAAAGAAUGCAACAAACACUAAAGAAACAAACUACUGAACGCCACUCUAAAACAAUCUAUCGCUUGAAUGCCUUUUGAAAAAAAAAACAAAGCAAACAAACCUUAUCGUAAUAAUGCAAAAAGUGGUUAAGCUUUUUGUUGACGAUUUUUUAGGAAAUCGGAAAAAAACACGACUUGCACAUAUUUCUUUUCUACACAAACUGCUCAACGAGUUAAUUGAUCAUUUUCUUACUAGUCUACGCGUAACUGCUAGGGAACGUAACUAUUCUAAACUAAUUCUAAACACAAACGUGCAACAAUAGGAAAGUAAACAACGGUGGUAAAUAUAUAAACAUUGUGCAUGUUUAGUUGAUCAUUCGGUGGUGCACAACGCAAUGUCCUGUGCUAUCGUUAUGCCCGAUCGAUGGUCGCUAUCGUAACCUCUUUUACUGCUGCAAAAAAAUGAAGGAUUUUGUAAAUUACGUUUAAAAAAAACACUACCAUUUAAUGCAUCCAACACCUACUUUCCAUUAAGAAGAAAAAAAACACCGAAAAGACAUUAACGAAUAAUGAAAAUGCUUCUUUAAAAAAGAAAACAAACAAAAUGUUACUUCAAAGUGUAGCAACAACCCAAAAAAAACAAAAGGAAGAACAGAAAAAAAAACACUCACUCGCUCGAAACCAUUUAAACAACUACUGUACGUAUGUAAAAAAAAGAAGUAUUUAAAGCAAAGAGUCAGCUAAGAGUCAAUGCAUCCGCAUCGGAAAUGGGAUGUGUACAGUGUAUUUUGUAAAGUUUAUCAUAAGUAUGUCGAUACGGCACUCCUUUACAACCCUAAAAAUCACCAUUACACAUGCACAUAUGACACAGGAGCAGCCAGAGCUCUUGCUACACUACACUUCCCCCCAAAUCAAACUUGCUUGCUUUUUUCGGUAAUGAAAUUUACUACCAUAAUUAUCACUGACAAACGGUUCCUUAAAGCUUCAUUUCUUUGUAAUACUCUUCCGAAGCAACGAGAGAUCCUUUUUCUAAUUUAAACAAUUUUUUCUCUCUUUUCGACGGUUUUUUUUGUAAAGAAAAUCAAAACAACCCUUUUACACCUACUUUCGCUUGUCUCUUGCGUAAUGUUGGAAAUGUCUUACAUAUUCUCAGCGCACCACACAAACACAAAAACACAUCCAAAACAGCCCCAUUGAAAAUCAUCUGUAAAAGCAUACGGUUUAAAUAAUGAAUAUAACAAACGAAAAAAAAAAUACAGCUCAGCUAAGAUUGUGAUUUACCAAAGAUGAUGAUGAAUACGCCGAGAGGAUAUGUAGCGAGUAAUAAUCGUUAACACACAAAAAAGCAAAUGUGCGAAAAGAAAAAACACACACACACACACAUGUGAACAACAUGGCCUCCUCGGUAUUGUGGUGAUUUGCACCGUGAACACACGACACAAAUACACUCGCGCUCGGCUUUCAUUAACAGAAGCGCUUUGCAAAACGAAAAGCAAUUUGGAUGUGGCUAAUGCUAAACACAGCCUCAGCCUCAUGUGCAACUUGAAAUAGAUAAAUUAAUUGAUGCAAGUAAACAGAAACAGAAACCAAAAAAAAAAAAAAGACCAAGGGGAGGGUCGAGGUCUCAAAACAGAGAGUAAAGAUAAUAAAUUAUUCCACUGAAAUAGGUCAGAUUUACUGUUGGAUACAUUGAACACAAUUGGAAAACGCAACCAAACAAAAACAUUAACUUAACAUGAUAGAAAUGAUGUACAUUGGUGAUUAAUGCUUAGCAGCAAAAUAGUAGUUUUCUAUACUUUUUUUUAUUUAUCUUUAUUUAACAUGAAAACAAAAAAAAGUUUAUUAAACUUAUCGAAUAUUAAACUUUAUUUUCUCGUGCAAAAGUGAAAGCUUUAAAUAGAAACAAACCAAUUAGAUAACGGAAGCUCUUAGCUUGUGUCGAUUUUUAUGUUUUGUUGCGUGUUUUCUGAUUUUUCCUUUUCCCCGUUGGAAUCACUCCCAAAACUUGCAUUGUACAGACAGUCUAGCAUAAGCACAAUUGUUGAGCAAAAAAUUAAGCGACAAAGGCAGAAAAGAAUUACACAAUUCAGGGUAAAGGUUUUUAUACGAAAUUUAAGCAAACAAACAAAAACAAACACACAAACACACAAAUAAGUCAAAUUCUCAACCAAACGUAAAAAAAAAUGCUAACAAAAACCAUAAACGUAAAUAUUGCAAACGAACAAAUCCGUGCACGUUAAUGCGUAUGAUUGCCACUUGUACAUUAGUAACACUAAACAAAACCGAACGCUCAAGCUAUACAAACGGCGAAAUAGCGACGAGUUGUUAAUAGAGUAGCUAAAAAAAAGAGCUAAACCAUCACGUUGCGCUUCUUUAAAGCAUGUAAAAUGGCAUGAAGUAAGCAAUACUUAAGCCAACUAAGGUACGAUUCAGGACAAAGCGUAAAACGGCAUUUUGUCCAUACGACAGCGUUUUACGGCCAUAGUUGCAUACUUUCUCGUACCGAAAAUCAAAACAUUUCCAACCAAAACAUAAAUCACACAGGCACACGAAACAAAUUAAUAAUUAAAAAUCUCCAUUAUUUCAUGCACCAUUUUGCCUGCGAAAACUAAAGCCGUUAAGCAGAGAAGUGUUAUUGUUUGUAUUUUUUUCUUUUUGUCCACCCAAGUGGAACUAAAUUAGUUACAGAAGCAUAAAAAUCACACACACACACACACAAAUAUACAACACAAUGAAAAUGUACUAACAAAAAAAAACGUUCGAACAAUAUGGGUAAUAAGUAAGUGCGUAGAUGUGCGAAGCCGAAUGCAAGCGCGCGCAUCUUUAAACGCUCGAGGAAUUAUUGGGACGGGUUUUUGCGAGAACGGAGAACGAAGCUAGGGACAAGUUUGUUAGGCAAAAGUGGAAAAGUAAGCGUUACCUGACGCAACAUUAGCAAAACCAAAUAGAAGCAACAGGACAGCAACAUAACAACAAAAGAAAAUUACAAAAGUUGUCAAUAAUGCUGAUUAGUAAGCUGAACUAUAAGCGAAGAAACCCCGGAACUUGCAAACUAGAAAAGAAAAACAAGAAGAAAGACAGACCCUUAUGCUUUAGAAAAAAAAAUAAACAUAGCAUUACGCAUGGCACGGAUGAAACAAAAGCAAACAAAGCUGAGCUAAGCUUAAAACUAAAACACGUACCGAAAAGGACAACAAACAAAUAAGAAGCAAUGAAACUUAAAAAGAAAUUAACAAAAAAGUGGAAUAAAAGCGUGAAUACAAAAAUCAAUUUCACAUUAAACAAAAAAAAAAGCAAAUAAUUUUCGUAACCAUGGAAAUAUCGGAACUUGAUGAUAAAAAGACACACACAAAAAUAAAAACAAACUUUGCAAAGCUACAUCCAAGCUACUAAGGGCGGCGGAAAAAGCAAAAUCAUCACUAGCAAAGAUACACAAAACUAGAGCAGGUAAUAGGAAAAGCAACAAAAAAAGGUGACAACUCCUUCAUACUGGCGCUAUGCUAUGAUCGUGCUAUGAUUUUUAUACAUAAAAUAUAUAUAUACACUUAUAUAUAUACAUAUACAUACUUAUAUCAUAGUGUAAUGAACUGUUCAAAAUCCCAUUCAGGCUGUCGAGGUUUUAGUUGGGAAGGUAAUACAGAAAAAAUGCAAAACAACCUAACAACCUAACCUGAAAACGGGCAGGACGUAAAAGGAUAUUUUCUGCACAGUUAGUAAACCCACAAGGGGUAGAAUUCGAAGCUAGCAAACCAAACCAAUGUAUUGCACGAAGACAAACAAACACACAGCUCACACGAACAAUUUUGCAUCUAAAUAUUUCGCUAAACAGUUCACUCAGUUGUAAGUAAUGUUCGUUCAACUAUCGACACCCAGUUUAUAUAUUGUUUCUUCCUUUUUAAAUGUAAUUCGUACUAUUUCUUUUACCUAACAUUUACCUUCUAUUAUCAGUACGGUGCACAGAAACAUGUGCUUUUUUACUACUUUUUAUCGCUUGUACCGUCUUGUUGUACUUUUUACUACCGCAAAUGAAGCAAAGAAAAGCCUUUUUUCUAUUCCAAAUGUUGCCUAUUUUUGCUACACAACUUGAUAAAACAUUAAACACACGUACACACACACACACAGCUAUAAGCAAUAGCUAAAGCAAAACUAAACCACCCCUGACAAAACAAGAAAACAAACAAAAACCGACCACAAAACAAAACGUUACCACAAUCAGUUUUCAAUCGUCCGCAGCGAACUGUUGAUUAUUUGAUAAGUUUUAGCAGCUUAAACUUGUACUGCAAACUUUUACUACAUUUAUCGAAACAAACAAACUGUCAAACAAAACCAAAAGGAAGAAAGAAGAAGAAAAAGAAAGCGAGAGAUAGAGAGAGUAAAUAAAAUGAAAGAAAAAAGUCCUAAACUAAACAAACAAAGCUGUAAAGAUAGCAAGUAAGCACGUAUGUUUGCGUGAGUUAGAACGACUAUGUUUCACGACCUUUGGAAGGAAGCAAAUGUAUGAAACGGUGAACUUGAAUAACGAUAGCAAUUGCAAAGCAGUUACAAAAGUUAAUGCAAAGCGCGCAUUAAAACUAAAUACAACCGUAGUAGCACUAAGACGAUGCAAGCUGCAAGUAGCAAAGCGCGUAAGCGACACAAAACAAUUGGAAGAGAAACAAACAAAACAACAAACGCAACGUUUCAUAGUGCGCUAAAUAGCGAAAACAUAUGACAAAAGAAAGAGACGACAGAAAAUGAAGAGGAUCUAGUAAACAUUUAAUGUUUAAUAAAGCGCAUUAAAGAGGAUUCAGAAGCUUAAAACAAAUAGAGAGAGAGCGAGACAUAAAAUGAGAAGAAGGAAGCGAAGAAAACGAAAGAGAGAGAGAGUAAGAGAGAAGAAAACGAAAAUUAUAUAUAUACACAAAAUAUACAUAAACGUAUAUAUAUAUAUAAAUAAAGAUGGAAAACAACAAGUAAAUUGUGGACAAGACAGAAACCAAAAAAGAAACCCAAAAUGUUGUACGUCACGUUAUGUUUUUAAUUUUAUGAUCCUAAAUAAACGAUUUUUUGAUUGAAAUAAUAAAAA